GUGUCACGCAUGGACUGUCAGUUCUGCUCAGAAACCCCCCGAGCGGCGGACUUUACGCGCACCAAAGCUCUGCGCCCUGACUGACUUCUGAGAGUUUCCACCUCCCCUCCGUCUACAGCAGACCCUCACCUUGUCAGCCGCCUCAUUUCUGCCCCCCUCCCGCUGCACCUGUCCCGCUGACCCCGCGGCUCCUCUGGAUCCUCAUCGCGGAGUCGGGAUUUGGAUCAGCCAGCUGCGCAGGGGAGCUCCCCCGCGAAACGCGCCAUGGAAAACGGGAGAAUCGCAGCUGCUUAGGUCUUUUUAUAUUCUUCAAGGUUGUUUUGAUUCAAGAAAAGACUUUCAAAGGACACAUUAUAUUUUUCAUUAAUAGGAAAGUUUUGUUAAAUAAACCGGAAUAAAAACAGUCAUCAAGAAACUUUUAACUGGGAUUUUUGUGGAGCUGGCAAAGAUGUUCUGGUUCGACUGCAUCAAGAUGGGCAUUGUCAUCCUCUGCUGUUCGCCUUUCACAACUGGACAUGUGGGAAGAAGACCGAAGAUUCAAGGUCCAGAUGAGCAGGUUCUACAUAAGGACCAAACACUGACUCUCACAUGCAGAGGUCAUGGCGCCUUGAACUGGACUCUUGCCCAACGAUUGCUGUCAUCAGACGGGGUUAAGGUGGAGCGGUGCUACUCCAAGCAUCACUCCCACUGCAGCAAGCUGACAGUCACACAGUUGACAGUCAGUGACACCGGGCGGUACACCUGCAGAUCCUCAAAAGCAGGUGCAGAGGACGCCACAUACGUUUUUGUCAAAGAUCCCGAUCAACCAUUUGUGGAGAAAAACUACACCACCUCCGUUCUGUUCAGCUACAGGCACGAGAGCAGCCUUGUGAUCCCCUGCCGCACCACCUCGCCGAACACUUCUGUAACACUCACAGCGACCCCCAAGUUAUCAAAGGAGGUAGUCGAAAAAAUGGAGUGGGACCCAAAGGUGGGGUUCAAGAUCCCCUAUGGUCCCUUCAUGACGUAUUCACUGCUCACCUGUGACUCUGUCAUCAGAGGACGCCACUUUAACCUAAUUUACAUCCCAAGGAGGCUGAGCUCUAGUCUAAGAAAUGCAAAGAUUACUCCAGAUCGGGUUAAAGUGUUGAUUGGGGACACCCUCAUCCUCAACUGUAGUGCGGAAACCUCUUCUAAUGGAGUGAUUGACUUCUCCUGGGAUUUCCCACGCAGGAAUAAAAACCACCAAACACAUCCUUCUCGGGCCCUCUCUGGUGACCUCAAGGUUAUGACCAAAACUUUGAGGCUUGAAAAUGUCACCUUGGAAGACAGAGGAGUGUAUCGCUGCAAAGCUGAGCUUGAGCCCAGCAAACACUUGAAUGCAUCUGCUAGAGUCUAUGUCUUUGAGCAUCCGUUCCUUAACGUCUCCUACAAGCACGAGCGCCCUGGUAUAGUGGUAGUGAAUGAAGGCAGGAAGAGGAUUGUCCUUGAGCCCAAGGUCAACGCCGUGCCCCAGCCAGAUGUGACGUUAUGGUAUAAAGAUGGGGUCCUCAUCCAGAAGAAUUCCACGUGUUACAAGAUGUCAGGUUAUAGCUUGGCGAUCAACGAUGUGCAGCAGAAGCACGCUGGCAUCUUCACUAUAACUGUGGGCACCAAACUGAAGGACCUGUACAGGAACCUCAGCUACACUCUGGUGGUUGAAGUGAAGCCGACUAUUUCAGAGGCAGAACUCACCACCAUGAACGUGCAACCCUACAAGUCUGGAAAGCAGCACAAGUUGACCUGCACUUCCCAUGCACACCCACUGCCAAAGAUCACAUGGCAAUGGCAGCCUUGUCAUGAAGACCCAACGCUCAAAUAUUGCUUGGCUUACACAGAGCCAAUCGUGGUCAACACGGAUGAACAAAGAAACUUUUCCAGAAAUUGGAUCAAAAGCAUAAAUGUUAUGGUUGAAGAGGUGGAAGGUAAAAACAAGACGGUGAGCACACUGGUGAUCGGAGAUGCCCGCGUGUCAGGGAACUACUCCUGCGUGGCUCAGAAUGAAGACGGCAUGAGCACCAUGAUGAUGCCUUUCUUCGUUGGCGAUCACCAGGAAGUCACUGUGGAACCACAGACGGCCAUAGAGGGUGACGACGUCAUUCUGACCUGUUGGGCAACCCGUUACCUUUACACUGACCUGCAGUGGCUGGAUUCCAGGGAUCAAGUGAUCACCUCAGAUGUUUCCAGCCUCCAGCUGAGCCGCUACUCCAUUUCGCUUUCUCUCCAUCUGCACAACGUGUCCCAAAACAGCACAGCGGGUUUCAAGUGCCAAGCCUACAACCUCUACAAGAGGGUGGACAUCAAGACAGCCAGGCUCAUCGUGGAAGAGAGAAAGCGGCCAUGGCUCAGUCAAAAUCUGACAAAUCAAGAUGUGAACAGCAGCAGCACCCUGGUUAUGGCGUGCUACGCUUUGGGAGUUCCUCGUCCGCACAUUCUGUGGUACAAGAAUGGCAUACCUGUGGAAGAGAGUCCGGGUAUCACCCUGGAAAAAGACGGCACUUUGGUCAUCGAGCGGGUGAAGAAGGAAGAUGAGGGGCUCUACGAGUGUGUAGCCCAAAACGUUGAGGGCUUCGCCAAAACAAGCGCCGUGGUCACAGUGCUCGGGGAAGACGGAAAGCCAAACAUUGAAGUCAUCAUUUUGGUGUGUACUGGAGCUGCUGCCACGUUCCUCUGGCUCAUGCUGAUCCUCUUCAUUCGAAAGCUAAGGAAGCAACCAGCGCACUACAAGAUGGGUCCAUCCAUCAUCAUUGAUCCUGACGAGUAUCCCCUAGACGAGCAGGACGACCUUCUCCAGUACGACAGCAGCAAGUGGGAGUUUCCCCGGGAUCGCCUCCGACUAGGGAAAACUCUUGGCCACGGAGCUUUUGGAAAGGUGGUUGAGGCCUCAGCGUUUGGAAUCGACAAGCUCUCAACCUGCAAGACCGUCGCGGUUAAAAUGCUCAAAGGAGGUGCCACAUCAAACGAGCGAAAGGCUCUGAUGUCAGAGCUAAAGAUCCUGAUCCACAUUGGUCAUCAUCUCAAUGUGGUCAACCUGCUGGGAGCCUGCACCAAGCCUGGAGGGCCACUGAUGAUGAUUGUGGAGUUCUGCAAAUAUGGCAACUUGUCCAACUAUUUAAGAAGCAAGAGGGAUGAUUUUCUUGUCUACAAGAGCCCGGACGGUAAAGUGGUGUCAGCAGGGUCAGGCUGCGAGCUGAGCGAGCUGAUGAAGCGCCGCCUGGAGAGCGUGGCCAGCACCGGAAGUUCAGCCAGCUCUGGCUUCAUCGAAGAUAAGAGCUACUGCGACUCGGAGGAAGAGGAAGAAGAUUCUGAAGAUUUAUACAAAAGAGUCCUGACGCUAGAGGAUUUAAUUUGCUACAGCUUCCAAGUUGCAAAAGGCAUGGAGUUUCUGGCUUCACGCAAGUGCAUUCAUCGUGAUUUGGCUGCAAGAAAUAUUCUGCUGUCUGAGAACAAUGUGGUGAAGAUCUGUGAUUUUGGACUCGCAAGGGACAUCUACAAAGACCCGGAUUACGUUCGCAAAGGAGAUGCUCGACUGCCUCUCAAGUGGAUGGCUCCUGAGGCCAUUUUUGACAAGAUUUACACAACCCAGAGUGACGUUUGGUCCUUCGGUGUUCUCAUGUGGGAAAUUUUCUCUUUGGGUGCCUCCCCGUAUCCCGGCGUCCAGAUUGAUGAGGAGUUUUGCUGCAGGCUGAAGGAAGGGACCAGGAUGAGGGCGCCAGACUAUGCUUCCUCUGAAAUAUACCAGACCAUGCUGGAUUGUUGGCAGGGUGAGCCGAAGGAGCGACCAACCUUCACUGAGCUGGUGGAAAGGCUCGGGGACCUGCUUCAGGCCAGCGUGCAACAGGACGGCAAACACUACAUACCCAUCAACACAGCCUUACUGGUGAAGGUGGGAGAACAGACCGCCUCGGUGCCGGCAGAGGAGACGACCACACGGCCCAUCUCCCUCCGCAACUCAGGGGGCACAUGGAACAUCAAGAUUCGUCCUGCGAGUGUAAAAACCUUUGAUGAGGUCACCAUGGAGAACGUGAAAAAUGAAAAGCAUGAAGGUCAGUCAGACAGUGGGAUGGGCCUUUCGUCGGACAGCAUGAAGACUCUUAUGCGCUUUGAGUCGUUGGCAGGGCGACCUCUGAGCAUCAUGGCUCUGGCGAAGAAGGCAGUGAGUAAGAGCAAGGAGUCGGUGCUGAGCGACGCAGAGAAGGAGAGCUUCCUGCCCACAGUUCCUCCGUUAGACUUCACUCUGGAUGACUCGGCUCUGGACGCCAGCCUGGAGUGUCACAGCCCGCCGCCCGACUACAACUAUGUGGUGCGCUACUCCACCCCUCCUGUGUAGCACCCCAGUGAAAGGCCUCGGCUUUGUUCUGCUCUGCUUUGACUCUUUGACGAAGAUUGGGAGGAAAAUCUCUUGUACUGUUUAGAAAUGAUCAACUUCACGUCAUUCGACGUCCAGAACUGUGGACUGUUGAUGCGGUUUGGAGGCGUUAGUGCUGCUGGUCCAUUCCACUCUCACUGUGAUGUGUCGAACAGCUGAAAGCAGGCUCAGGUAUUAUUUUGAUCUACUGUGAAACAAUCACAUUCAUUUCACCACAGCUCUGAAAAUGACGAUUCAGGACAGGUCAAGUAAAACAGUGUUAUUUGAAAAAAACAAUUGGAGAUUGUGAACACGUCUGUCUGUUAAAUAAGAAACUGUUACAUUUUACACCAUAAUUGAAUUUCUCAAAACAAAAGGAGAACUCAAACUCCACUCAACACACUCAGGAUGAUCCGGAGUGGCAGAGAGCUUUACUCCGGGUGUGUUUUUAAGCUCCCUCUGACUUUGGGAAAAUGACAGGUUAUUGGGGGAAACAGAGUUCAGCUUUAAUCAUGCAGCUCAACCGUGAAAGUGUUGGAAUUAGUCACUGCAGGUGCACACUCAUCUCCCUUCCAGAAACGCUGUGUUUAGCAUGUUUGGGCCAAACCUAAAGGGAAGUUUUGUAUAUUCUGUACACAUGUAGUUAGGAGCAUGGAUAAAUGAAGGAAAAUGUCGCAGAAACACUUUAAGCACUACCGAGAUGAAUUAUUUGUAUCCACUGUCACUUAGUCAUGCAGUUUAGCUCAUUGUAGUAACAUGUGUAACCAACUUUCUUGUCACCCCCCCAUUGUUUUAUCGCAUUUAUGCUGCUGUGUUGAAACUGUGCUCAUCUCCAUCCUUUGGUUUGUGGUGUUUCCACAGCAUUUCAUUGUACAGGAGCCUUGCUCUCACUUAAGCUUGUAUUCUGGAUUGCAGAUACUUUAUGUUUUACUAGAAAAACAGUAUUUGUGUCAUCGAGUUAACUCCAAGUGUGUUUUAUUUUGAAGGACAUGACUAUGCACUGAUACUUUGAGUAUAACUCUGUAAUUGUGUUUUAACAUAUUUUAUUGUGAUACAGUUUUAAGGGUCAAAUGUCUCAAACGUGUUCUUGUUCAUAUUUAACUUUCAUUUAUAUAUUAGGAAAAUAACAUUUGCCGUAUUUGUUGCGUUGUAACACAAUCAUGCUUUUGUCUUAUUUUUGUUUCUAAUUCUGCCCACACUUUAAAGCUAACAGUGUUUUUUUAUUUUUUUCUGACUGUACAAAGGAGUUUGUUUUUGAUAUUUUCCCAUCAUUUACAGGAACUAAUUGUGUUUUUCUGCAGCUUAAAUUUAUGAGUUUUAAUAAGAUCAUCCCCAACACUGUUGUAACUGAUUCUAUGAAGUAAAUACAUGAAUAAAGAUCUAUAUAUUUAUGCA